AUGAGUAAUUCACACAAUGCAGGCUCUGGCUCUAGGUCGUCUGGGUGUUUUUCGGGCAUAGUACGGCUGAUUCUAUGCAAGGGCAGUCACCAAACACACCCAUCAGAUCAGAUCCCGGAGCCCAUUACAACAGAGCUUUUCAAUCAUGUAAAGAAAGAUUCAAGGAUGGGUGGUGCCAAUGUUGAAGCUCCAGUCUGUACUGCUCCGGGUGUGGUGGCAAGGCUAAUGGGGUUAGAGUCAUUGCCGGAUACCAACUGGGUUCCAAAAGGAAGAGGCACCCCAGAUUCAGUCACAAGAAGUAGGUCGGUGAAUUUUAUGGAUUACUUGCUUCAGUUGGAUUUAGCCCAAGCUCAACAUCGCCGAGUGAGAACAUCGGUAUCAUUUCGUGAAGUGCCAGCGUUAAUAAAUCAAGAAAAUCAUGAUGUCUACGUUCUUUACCUGGAUGAUCAUGCGGAGAAAUGUAAGAAACUGGGAUCCAAACAGAGGAAAUCUGAAGGGAUCAAUCUUGGAGAUCAGAUGAAGCAGAAGAAUGACGACCAAAGCAAGAACAAGGAAAGUAUAAUUACUAGGGAAGGAGCAGUUACAAAGACGGAUAAGAAUCGACAAAACAACAGCAUGAAGGUUUCUACGUCAAAGAAUGAGCUGAAGAGGGAGCCUCAUAAUAGACAAUCUUCGAGGUUUGGUAGUUGCAAAGGUGCUCAAGUUUCUUCAGGCUUUGUUAUGCCUCAUAAAAAAGAUGUUCACAGAAAAUCUCGAGAGAAUUCAAAGGCCAGAAGUUCAGCGAAGAAGUCCAUAAAUCAGAAGGAAGUAUUGGUAGAAUCAAAGUUCAUGAAAAGGAUGAAAAACAGGCAAGUAAACAAAGAAUCACAGUCUGAUUGUAGCUCAGACGAUUCGAGCACAAUUUCUCUUCUUGGCCUCAAUGAAUUUCUGGCUCAUGAUGCAAUACCUCUUCCUGCAGGCGACACUUGGGCUGUGGACUUUAAGUGCUCAAAAAAGACAUCUUCACCAAAUCCUCCUAAUUUAACCAAUAACAUGCUGAUCAACAAUGGUGAAGUUGAGCCAAGGGGAAUCAAGAAACAUGAGUAUGAAUCAUGUAAUAAUCAUGAUAAGGAACACUACACUGAAAUAGCAAGAAAGCUAUGCAGGUUGACAGAAGAAGAUAUUAAAGAUUCAAGAUGGGCAAGGAAGAACAUGAAAUCUAAUGUGAAAGGAAUUCGCCGACUUCAGGAUACUGAAGUUUGUGUAUGCAAUACGCACAUGGCAUGCGAUAUAUGCAGAACAGAAGGGUCUUGGAAUCAUGUGGUGUACAGUGGUGCUUGCUGGAUUAAAAUGCAUAUUUUGGGGAAAGGUAAACAUGUCGAAUGUGGAAAAUUUGACAUCGGCAAUUGA